CGCCGACCACGCAUUCUCCAACCCACUCUGUCCUAGGCCUUCCUUUCUAGUUCUAUCCAACUUUUAUUCAUUUUUCUCAUGUCUGUCUCCAUUUCUUGACGUAAUAUGUUCUUUAGUCUUCCUCUUCUCCUUUGGCCUUGAAGAUUCCAUGUGAGGGCUUGUCUUGUGACGCAGUUCGGUGCUUUCCUCAACGUGUGUCCUAUCCACUUCCAGCGCUUCCUGAUUUCUUCCUCCGCUGGGAUCUGGUUUGUUCUCUCCCACAGUACGUUGUUGCUGAUUGUGUCUGGCCAAUGGAUCUGAAGUAUUUGCGUAGAUAACUGUUAAUAAACACCUGUAUUUUCUAGAUGAUGGCUUUCGUAGUUCUCCAGGUUUCCGCUCCAUACAGUAGAACUGUCUUGACAUUUGUAUUGAAAAUUCUGACCUUGGUAUUGGUUAACAGUUGCUUUGAGUUCCAGAUGUGCUUCAAUUGUAGAUAUGCUGCUCUUGCUUUGCCGAUCCGCGUCUUCACAUCUGCAUCAGAUCCACCCUGUUCAUCAAUGAUGCUGCCCAAAUACGUAAAGGUUUUUACAUCUUCCAAAUCUUCUCCGUCAAUUGUGAUUAGAUUGGUGCAUUCUGUGUUGUAUCGGAGAAUCCUGCUUUUCCCUUUGUGUAUAUUGAGACCUAUUGCUGCUGAGGCUGCUGCCACACUGUUCGUCUUCUCCUGCAUCUGUUGUUGCGUUUGGGAUAGAAGGGCCAGAUCGUCUACGAAGUCUAGAUCAUCCAACUGCAUCUUAGAUGUCCAUUGUAUCCCACGCUUCCCUUCAGACGUUGACGUCUCCAUGAUCCAGUCGAUCACCAGGAGAAAGAGAAAGGGUGAGAGUAAGCAACCUUGCCUAACACCGGUCUUCACUUCGAACGAGUUUGUCAAAUGUCCUCCAUGCAUGAUUUUGCAGUGUAAUCCAUCAUAUGAGUUCUGUAUGAUAUUGACUAUCUUCUGAGGCACGCCGUAGUGUCGAAGAAGUUUCCA